AUGUCAGGCAACUCUGACAUGGAGAAAAAGAUUGAAGAGUUGACCUGGAACCUGCAAGCUCGGAAUGGGGAAAUCUCCAAUCUCCGUGCCAGACUACAGAGCGCUAAUGAUGAGAUGGACAAGCUUCGAUCUCUGAACCAUGAACUUGUACAGUCACGUGGUAAGGGAGGAGGUCGUCCUUCCUCCGACCUGGAGAAGGAAAUCAGCCAAGUGAAGACAAAUUUGGCUUUCAAGGAGAAUGAAUAUAAUAGUCUGAGCGUGCGGUUUGGUGAGGUGGAAAGAAACCUCAAAAUAGCACGAGAAAGAUGUCAAGAGAUUGAAUUGUCAAAGUCAAAGUUGGAACAAGAGCUUCAUGCAACAAAGAAGCGCUGCAUGCAAGGCGAUGUUACCGCGCAAAUGGUACCUGAGAGGCAAGAGAGAUUGUCACAGGUCCAGGUUCACAAGAGUGAUUUCUCAAUGCAAGUUGAAACUGACAGCAUGGCCUCACACCGAAGACCAACCCUCCUCGACCCAGAUUCCCGGCUGAAGCUAAAACGGCUGCGUUGCUUGAAGGCAUUGUUUCCCGAGAACAUCGAAGAAUUCAUCUCAAGCAUGCAGAUCGAUGGUGAAAGUUCUGCGAAUCGUUUGAGUGUGCGCAAGCCAAAGAGCGAUCAAUUUGCCUUGUCUGAAAAUGCCAUGUACAAGAUGCUCUCGGCCUUUGUCAAUGGCAUGGUCACAGCAGACGAUUUGCGUGCUGCGAUGGAGUCAAGUAUCCGUAAAGAACUGCAAGACACUGGAAAUCAGGCACCGAAACUUGACAGGUCUCAACGCGAGGAUAGGCUUCAGGAUCUGCACAUAACUCUACGCUGUCUUCAUGCCCUGUUGACGAUGAGUCACGUUAUAAGAGAAAGGCUGCUGGAAGAGAUGCUACAUGAAGAUUUAUCUUCUUCAGUGUCUCUCAACUCCACUGAAAUUUCAUCUGCUGGCAAGGUGCAAGACAAUACUGGAACUGAAAGGUACAGCGAUGCAGAUCAGAACAAGAAGAAUAGUCAGCGCGAUAAACAGUUCGUUUUCGUUCUUUUGGCAUUGACGGAUAGUUUCAAAGAUUCAUUUAAAGUCAAUCUCAUUCUUUUGAAGAUUUUUCAAAUUCUAUUGGAGAAUACCGAUGCUGAUGCACAAGUCAACUGCUUCGAAGCGCUCAUCACAAAUGGUUGUAUCGUCCGCAUGCUAGGGACCAACGAGGAGGACCCUUGGAAUGAUUCGAAAGUGAUCGCGCUAGAUGUUGCUUCCCACUUGUGCAAGUCUCGUGUGUUGGUUUCAUCUUCUUUGAUAUUGCACCCGGGAUGUAAACGAUCGAUGCUUAGCAUGAUCCUCGCAUGUUUAGAGUUGGAUUCAGAUUCAGAGAAAUGCUCAAACAAGAAAUCGAGAGCAAGACGUGAAAGGGCUUUGAGGAUCUUUGCCACGAUUGCCUCUCGAUACAAGGAUGGAAUUGAAGUUGUUCUCGAUGAGAAGAUUGUGGGAACGAUUCCGUGGAAGAGUCUUCGAUAUGUCUUGGCAACACAAGGAGAAGUCAUUGUCGCCGAGGUUCAGAGCACCUUGAGUUCUAGUCUUGACGACUCGAAGAUGGAAGUCGAUCAAACGAGGGAAUGGCAAUUGUUGAGGGAAUCGGUCUCUUUCCUCGCAUUCUUGCACACAUACCUUGGGUUCAGCCAAGAAGACGUCCUCGCACUUGCAGGCAACUACUCCUAA